AUGUUUCCCAAAGAUACAUCAAUAAUUGUACAAGAAUUUCUUAAAACUGCAUGUGAAACAACGAAAAAAUUUGAAAAAAAAUAUAUACUUUUCUUUGAUGAAACUCCAGUUUGGUUCGAUAUGCCAAGAAAUUCAACACUUGAUUUUCGUGGAGUACGUGAAGUUCGAAUUAGAACUACAGGGAAUGACAAGUUACGUUUUACAGUUGUUUUGGGUUUUACUGCUUCUGGACACAAACUUCCGCCUAUGGUAAUAUUCAAAUUAAAAAAAGUACCUAAAAGAGUUUACCCGAGGGAUAUUAUUGUAGCUGCUACAACUAGUGGAUCUAUAAAUGGAGACUUAAUGCUUUCUACAUAUAUUUCAAAAGUUAUUAGAGCAAGACUAGAUGGUUUUUUUAAAACUAAAGGUGUUAUAUUUGUUGACUGUCAUGGAAGUCAUAUACAUGAUGAUGUAAUUAAAGCAUUAAAUACUGAAGAUCUAGAGGUAAUAAAAAUUCCCAGUGGAACAACUAGUGUACUACAACCACCUGACGUCUCAGUAAAUAAACCAUUCAAGAUAUCGUAUGAACUAGUUUGCAAGUGGGUAUCUGAAGUGUGGAAAGAAAUUGGUCAAGAUCUUUUAAUCAAAUCUUUCGAUGUAACUGGUCUUACAUUAAACCCUAAUGGAAGUGAAGAUUUAAAAAUGUCAAGCCGGCUUCAAGCAAUCGUUGAAAAUCGGUUAGAAGAUGCAAUUGUAGAAGAAUCAAGUGAGGAUGAGCCAAUAGAAGAUGAAGAAAUAAAUUGUGAUGGAUCAGACGAAGAAAUUAAUAUUGACAAAUUUAUUAAAGAAAUUAGUAAUAGCGGAUUUGAUGGAGAAACUAGUAAUGAUGAAAUUGAUGAAAGAAAUAGUGAUACGAAUUUAAUGAACAAAUUAGAUUUUUCAAUUUCUUAUGCUCGUUUUUAUUGA